AUGAACGGUACUUUAGCUAUAAUAGUUCUUAUUAGCAUAAAAUCUAUGACAUUUUCCUUCAAGGUUUUUAUUCCCAAAUUCAAACUUGAAUCUACCCACAAUUUAAAAAAUGUGUUGAUCAAGUUGGGCCUUACUUCAGCUUUUGGAAAUGCAAAUUUCUCCAAAAUUACAACAGACGUGCCCUUAAAAAUUGACAAUGUUGUCCAAAAAGCUUUUAUUGAGGUAAACGAAGAAGGUACAGAAGCUGCAGCAGCCACAACAUAUUAUGCAUACACUCCAACUUCUCAUCCCGUGGAGGAGGAGACAUUUUUAGCUGAUCAUCCAUUUACGUUUAUGCUUAUGAAGAAAAAUGAAAUUCUUUUUUGUGGUGUAUUUCAAGGAUAG